CAAAGCCCGUUUCAUCGUGUACGGAGAAAACUGUGUGUACGGAUUCCAUUCUCUCUCUCUAAAACCCUGAAUAAUGGGUCAUCACCACCACCAUCACCAUCAUCCCCCUCCUCCACACAACAAUGAAACCUUAAAGAUCAUUUGAAGAAGACCCAAAUUGAAACAUAUAUAUAUACAUAUAUUUAGAUAUAUAUAUAUAUCGAUAUUUAAUUUUUAGCUGCCACCAACGGCGCCUUCUGUAUUUCUAUGCUUUGCUUUACCGAUGAAGGGGCUUUGCAAGUCGAAGCCCCGGACACCGGCGGAGCUCGUGCACCGCGUUCGCGACCUCCUCCAAUACGCCCACACCAACCCAGAUUCCCGCCAAAAAAAGCGCCAAGAAAAGAUAUCUGAACUAAGUAAACUCAUUUUGGAGAUGAGGACAAUUCUCUACGGUGAUGGCCAGUUGGAACCAAGUUCAGAAGCUUGUGCACAACUGACACAGGAGUUCUUUAAAAAUGAUAUGUUGCGUCUUCUAAUUACUUGUCUUCCUAAAUUGGAUUUGGGGGCCCGUCAAGAUGCCACUCGUGUAGCUGCAAAUUUGCAAAGACAACGGGUUAAUUCACAGUUGAUUGCUUCUGCUUACUUGGAACAGAAUAUAGAUCUCAUGGAUAUUUUAGUGCUAGGAUAUGAAGACCCUGACAUCGCUAUACACUAUGGUGCAAUUUUGAGAGAUUGCAUUCGUCAUCAAGCUGUUGCAAGGUAUAUCUUGGAGUCAGAGAACCUGAAGAAGUUCUUCGAUUAUAUACAAUUUCCCAACUUCAACAUAGCAUCAGAUGCUGUAGCAACUUUUAAAGAGCUCCUAACUAGGCAUAAAUCUACUGUUGCUGAAUUUCUUUCUAGAAAUUAUGACUGGUUUUUCCCGGAGUACAAAUCAAAGUUGUUAGAAUCUCCUAAUUACAUCACCAGAAGGCAUGCCAUCAAGCUGUUAGGACAUUUGUUACUAGAUCGUUCAAAUGCUUCAGUGAUGAUCCGGUAUGUAAACUCGAUGGAGAACAUGAAGAUCAUGAUGAAUCUGCUCAGGGAUUCAAACAAGACAAUCCAGUUAGAAGCGUUUCAUGUGUUCAAGCUAUUUGCAGCUAAUCAGAAUAAGCCUCCUGAGAUAGUCAGCAUACUUGCUACAAAUAGAAACAAGCUCCUUCGCUUCUUUGGUGACUUCAAGUUUGAUAAAGUGGAUGAACACUUUGAGGAAGACAAAGCUCAAAUUGUCGAAGAAAUUGCUACCCUUGAAACUAGAGAUAGUUCAGUGCAGCGCAGGGCUCUAGACAAAUUUGAGAUUUCCUGUGAACAGUAAAUAUGCGACAAUAAAUGCAUCUUUUCAGUUAGUUGAUCAUACCAUAUGUCAGAAGCACGUUUCCUCCUCUCGAAUAAUUGAGCCUUAGCGACGAAAAUCUUCGACUUCAUUUUUCAUUUUUCCUUUUUUUUUUGUACUUUCAUCUCUUGACCCUUGUCUUGAUAUUUGUACUCAUAAUUUUGCUAACAUUAAAUUUUGUAUAUUCAGUUUUAAUGCUACUCA